AUAUAUUUUUAAUCAGGCAUAUUUUAGAUUAAAUGAGGUCCUUCAACUGCUCUCACGGAAACGCUAAUGACCGAUGUUUGUUUUGCUACGUUUAGCAGUAUGCCUGCUGAAGGCAAGCGCUCAGUAAACAUGGACGAGAAAGACUUUUGCUCCUUCAGUAACAAAGAUAGAGACUGUGAAAGAAGACCAGGGUCUGCUCGGGACAAAGCAAAAGAUGAAGCUAAAAUGAGUGGCAAGAAAGACAGUGGCAAGGAGGAGAAGAGAAAGCGCCUAGAGGAAGAAAAGAAGAAGAAAGAGGAAAAAGAGCGAAGAAAAAAAGAGGAAGAGAAACAAAAAGCUGAAGAGGAGCAGAGAAAGAAAGAGGAGGAGGAGAAGAGGCAGCAGGAGGAGCAGGAGAAGAAGCUCCAGGAGGAGCAGGCCAAAAGGCAACGAGAGGAGGAGGCAGCUCUUCUGAAGGAAAAGGAGGAGGGACAUCAAUUGCACCAGGAGGCCUGGGAGCGCCAUCAGAGCAGGAAGGAACUUCGCAGCAAGAAUCAGAAUGCUCAAGAUGGUCGGCCUGAAGAAGCCUUCUUCAGUCGCCUGGACUCCAGCCUUAAAAAGAACACUGCCUUUGUCAAGAAACUCCGCACACUUACUGAACAGCAGCGUGACUCACUCUCAAAUGAUUUUGCCUCACUUAACCUCAGCAAGUAUAUUGGAGAAGCUGUGAGCUCUGUUGUGGAGGCCAAACUGAAGAUCUCCGAUGUCGGCUGUGCUGUCCAUUUGUGCUCACUCUUCCACCAGCGGUAUGCUGAGUUUGCACCAUUGCUGUUGCAGGCCUGGAAGAAGCACUUCGAAGCAAGAAAGGAGGAUAAGGCACCAAAUGUGAGCAAGCUGCGUACAGACCUGCGAUUCAUUGCUGAGCUCACCAUUGUUGGCCUCUUCACAGACAAGGAAGGCCUGUUGCUCAUUUAUGAGCAGCUCAAAAAUAUCAUCGGGACUGACCGGGAGACACACACUCACGUGUCUGUGGUCAUAAGCUUCUGUAAACACUGUGGGGACGACAUUGCUGGUCUUGUGCCCCGCAAGGUAAAGGUGGCAGCAGAGAAGUUUGGCUUGGCCUUUCCUCCAAGUGAGAUAAUCAGCACAGAAAAACAGCAACCUUUCCAGAACCUUCUAAGAGAGUACUUCACAUCACUUACCAAACACCUGAAGAAGGACCACAGAGAGCUGCAGAACAUUGAAAGACAGAACAGGCGUAUCCUACAUUCCAAAGGAGAGCUGAGUGAGGACAGGCACAAGCAAUAUGAAGAGUUUGCCACUUCCUACCAGAAGCUACUGGCCAACACUCAGUCACUGGCUGAUCUGCUUGAUGAAAACAUGCCUGAACUGCCUCAGGACAAGACAGUGCAGGAAGAACAUGGCCCUGGCAUUGACAUUUUCACCCCUGGGAAGCCCGGAGAAUAUGAUCUGGAAGGAGGCAUCUGGGAGGAUGAAGAUGCUCGUAACUUUUAUGAGAACUUGGUGGACCUGAAGGCAUUUGUCCCUGCUAUACUUUUCAAAGACAAUGAGAAAAGCAACCAGGGUAAAGACAAGGACGAUACCAAAGAUGGCAGAGAGGGCAAGGAUGGAGGCAGCACCACAGAGGAACUGGAGCUGGAGCUGGAAGCUCUUGAUAUUGCAGAUGAACCUCUUGAGCUGGAGGGACCAGAUGAGGCAGAAAAUGAAGAACUGGCCAAAAAGCUGCUGGAUGAGCAAGAACAAGAGGAUGAGGAGGCCAACACGGGAUCCCAUUUGAAGCUGAUUGUAGACGCCUUUAUCCAGCAGCUCCCCAACUGUGUGAACAGAGACCUCAUUGACAAGGCUGCCAUGGACUUCUGUAUGAACAUGAACACUAAAUCAAACAGGAGGAAACUUGUUCGAGCCCUUUUCACUGUCCCAAGGCAAAGGUUAGAUCUUCUACCCUUCUACUCUCGCUUGGUGGCCACUCUCCACCCCUGCAUGUCUGAUGUUGCUGAGGACCUCUGCUCCAUGCUGAAGGGAGACUUCAGGUUUCACAUUCGGAAGAAGGACCAGAUCAACAUUGAAACUAAAAAUAAAACUGUAAGAUUUAUUGGGGAACUGGCCAAGUUCAAGAUGUUCUCAAAAACAGACACACUUCAUUGUUUGAAGAUGCUGCUGUCUGAUUUCACCCACCACCACAUAGAGAUGGCCUGCACUCUCCUGGAGACUUGUGGCCGCUUCCUCUUUAGGUCUCCUGACUCUCACCUGCGUACCAGUGUCUUACUGGAGCAAAUGAUGCGUAAAAAGCAGGCCCAACAUCUGGAUGCCCGUUAUGUGACAAUGGUGGAGAAUGCCUACUACUACUGUAACCCUCCACCUAUGGAGAAGACAGUGAAAAAGAAGAGGCCACCACUGCAGGAGUACAUCCGCAAACUGCUCUACAAGGACCUGUCCAAGGUCACCACUGAGAAGGUGCUCCGGCAGAUGCGUAAGCUGCCCUGGCAGGACCCUGAGGUUAAGAGCUACUUGAUCUGCUGCAUGGUCAACAUCUGGAAUGUCAAGUACAACAGCAUCCACUGUGUGGCCAACCUGUUGGCCGGCCUGGUGGCCUAUCAGGAGGAUGUGGGGAUCCACGUGGUGGAUGGAGUGCUGGAGGACAUCCGCCUUGGCAUGGAGGUCAAUCAGCCAAAGUUCAACCAGCGGAGGAUCAGCAGUGCUAAGUUCCUGGGUGAACUCUAUAACUACCGCAUGGUGGAGUCGGCAGUUAUCUUCAGAACCCUCUUCUCCUUCAUCUCGUUUGGGGUUAAUCAGGACGGCAGCCCCAGCCCACUGGACCCCCCAGAGCACUUGUUCCGCAUCCGCCUGGUUUGCACGUUACUCGAUACUUGUGGUCAGUACUUUGACCGAGGCUCCAGCAAGAGGAAGCUGGACUGUUUCCUCAUCUACUUCCAGCGCUACAUCUGGUGGAAGAAGAGCAUAGAUGUUUGGACCAAAGAUCACCCAUUCCCCAUUGACAUCGACUACAUGAUCAGCGACACUCUGGAGCUGCUCAGGCCUAAGAUGAGACUCAGCUGCUCCUUGGACGAGGCCACCAAGCAGGUCGCUGAUCUGGAGAGGGAGGUCCUCGUCAAACUAGGUCUGGCCAUGGAGAAGGACGGUCGGUCUAGUGCCAUGAGUGAAGGUGAAGUUCUUGACGAGGAGGACGAUGAUGAUGAUGAGGAGGGAGGUGCUGAGACUGAGGAGCAGUCAGGCAAUGAGAGCGAAAUGAACGAGCAGGAAGAGGAUGAAGGAUCUGAUAAUGAUGAUGAUGAGAGGGAGGAAGAAGAGGAAGAGAACACAGACUACCUGACUGAUUCCAACAAGGAAAAUGAGACGGAUGAGGAGAACAAUGAGGUGACGAUCCGUGGUGGUGGACUAAAGCAUGUGGCCUGUGCUGAAGAUGAGGACUUUAUACAGGCUCUGGAUAAGAUGAUGCUGGAGAACCUGCAGCAGCGUAGUGGAGAAGCAGUGAAGGUUCACCAGCUGGAUGUGGCCAUUCCACUGCAGCUCAAGAGUCAGCUGAAGAAGGGAGGCUCUGGACAGACAUGUAUUGGAGAUACAGAGGCCGACAUCUCUGACACCAUGCAGUUUGUCAUGCUGACACGCAAAGGCAACAAGCAGCAGUAUAAGAUCCUGAACGUGCCCCUGUCAUCUCACCUGGCGGCAAAUCACUUCAACCAGCAACAGGCUGAGCAGGAGGAACGCAUGAGGAUGAAGAAACUCACCUUGGACAUCAAUGAGAGACAGGAGCAGGAGGACUACCAGGAGAUGAUGCAGUCUCUGGCUCAGCGUCCAGCCCCAGCCAACACCAACCGGGAGCGCCGACCUCGCUACCAGCACCCGAAAGGCGCCCCCAAUGCCGACCUCAUCUUCAAAACAGGAGGAAGGAGACGCUGAUUGGAGUCUGGCCCUGGGCUGAGUGAUCACGCAAGAGAGAGAAUGAACGAGUAAAAAAGAGAGAGAGCGAGCGAGAGAGAUCGGGGGGAACCGGUCUGAACGGGAAUCGAGUCCUCCAGGCGUCCACUGAUGCUGGCACAGACCAAACCCCUGACCUGAACACUUAUGGAGCCUGAGGAGGAGAGACCAAACAGGGGGCUGAGGUCGGAGGUCAGGGGUCAGACACGCGGCUGUCUUUUCUUUUUUGUCUGUUGGCUAAGAUGAUAGUGGUGCAAUAGCACGCAACAAAAAAAAUCUGUCUGGACCAGACUACAAACUGCAAAGAUGACUGAACAGCUGACAGCGAGACAGACAGGAAGCCAGGGUGGACGGACCGCCGCCUGCACGUCACACCAGGUGGAGUUCAGAAUAACUCACAUUUAAGAGUUAAAAACCUGUGAGUGGACAAAACUAACACAAGACUAGAGAGGGAUGUGGAUGGAUUAUUUUGGACUCUUAAAAGUAAUUAAAUGGGAACACAUCAGUUUAAACUUUUCGCAAGCUAACCGACUCCACGCUGUCAUCAGGACAGUUCUGUGGUGGAGAUGAAGGGCGGGAAGGGGAGGGGUAAACACCAGUAUGACAACAGACUGGUCGCCCAAUAAGACUUAAUGGUUUGUACACAUUAAAUCAAAUUGAAAAAUAGUUGGUAUUGCAUGCUUGGUUUACCAUUUUAUGGCUUACAUGUGCUUCUCCACCAUAUCACACCUCUAUAGGGAUGCACUGUUCCUCAAAUUAUGGGCUGACACAGAUGACAAAGAACAGUUUGGCUGAAGAUGAUAUACUUGUAUUCUUUUGCUUACUUUUCAUAUUUUUACCACUAACUGCUAGCAAGUAAAACUCAGUUUCCAUCAGUGAAUGAGACAUUAGAACUAUUUAAUGUGCACACUUUUCACACUGCAUAGACUGUAGUACACAAACACUGUACCAACACUGCUGAAACAGUGCAGGAGAAACAUCUGCCACGACCAUCAGUGAAUGUCAUUGCAUUUACUCAUAUACCAAUGUGACAGUUGAAAAAUCAGUGUUUGUUGAUAACAAUGUUUGGCCAAUAGAUGGGUGCAUUCUCACUUCUCAAAUCAUUUAAUGUUUUUCUAUUGAAAUAUAGUAUAUCAUAACUUAAAACUCUCCACUGUUGUGCAGAACUUAUCACCCACCAGAUUAUCACUGCAUUCAGAGCACACACAAUUUCUAUUUUCUUGACUUUCCCAGUGGUGUCAUUGCAGUGAUAACAGUGAUAUAUAGCACAUCAGCUUCUUAGAUUAAUUGAAUGUAAAAAGAAGGUUCUGUGCAUUUAAAGCCCUGAGUGAAUAUAAUAGUGUAAUAUGAAAUCAAGAUGUUAAUAUUUUAAGAAAUGAUUUCAUUUUUUUCCAUGUGGAAACCAAUCAUGUCUGUAUGAUAAAUAUGAAUCUACAAAUUUUGUUUAUUUUCAAGAGUCUGGCAACAUGAUACAGGCAUACAGCACUUAGAAUUGAAUGUAUUGUAAUUUAAAAAAAAAUUUUUUUAAGUGUAAAAUUUUUUUUUUAGAAAAACAUAAAACCUGUGUUGAGACAAAAGUUUAGCAAAUCUGCUAGUGGACCUCAGUACUGUUAUCUACCAGUCGAGGAUUUAAACACAACACACACUGAACUACUGUCUGUCAAUACAUUACCACAAAACAUAACAUUUAGUUGGUCAAGUCUGUUUGUAUUUUCUUACAGCCUUAGGAUCUAUGAUAGCUAGUUAUUUUAGCAUAACACGACACUGCUGCUAGCAACUCUGACCAAUCAUUAAGUGUAAAAAUGUCAAACUAGACCCCAGUACAGACUCCAUAGAAACAGCUGCUCACCUUCCAACCUUUACAUUUAGUUUGUUUAAUGAGCAAACAGUUAUUGAGUUAAUUUUUAGCUUUAGAGGUGCUGGUAGAUGGACAGGCCAGCUUUUCCUCUGUUUCCAGUGUUUAUGCCAUAGAUAAGCCAACCAGCUGCUGGUUGUGGAUCCAUAUUUAUCUACAGACAUUAAAAUGGUAUUUGUCUUAGGUAAGACUUGGGAGGAUGUCACAACUUCUUAUUUGGAGGCAUUAGCUUGAAGCCAGACAAACAUAACUGAUGGCUGUUUUUAUACACAAAGCCUCAAUUUUGGACAGAAGUAUAUGAUAAGAGACUUUUACACUGCAGUGGUACAUGUUGAUAAAAAUGAAUCUAUGUCCUGAGAAGUGGAAUAUGGGUGUCAUACCAUUCGUAAGUGCUGUAAGCCAGUAAAUCUGCUGCUGCAUACCAAGAACUAACCAAGCAAACAAACCAUCUGCCACUAAAGCAAAGAGUGACACACGAUCAGCCACCAUCGCCAUCAACUCAAUUGUUGGAGAAAACAGAAGAUCUAAUGGCAUCAUGUGACCUGAUGACUGAAGGACACCUGAGUGUAUAUAAUAUAUAUUUUUUCCCUACCUAUAUUCUGUUAGAUGUUUUACUUUAAAAUCAGAAGCAUCUAAGAGUUAGUUUGGACAGUUUACAGCUUGCUUUGAUUUGGAGUUAGUGUAAAAUAUAUUUUUUGGACAAAUGGAUAAACCGUGUGCCUGACAGUCUCUUUUAGCGUAUUAUUUUAGAUACAUUUUAUGUGUUGAGCCUAUAGAUGGACAAAUAUAACUCUGUAUUCUGCUGCAUGGGCCUUUUCUGCACCAGCUUUAAGUCAUUCUCUGUUGUAGUUAAGUGUCCCACAGUGGGUGUUGUUCAGUUAAUCUGUGUCUAGAUUCAAGACUAUUCUUUUCCUACAAGCUGAAGAAAAAUAGCGCUUUCAGUGUUGUGUUUCAGCUCAUGACAGACAAAAAUGGACACAAUAAAUAUAUGGCGAUCGAAAUUG